ACUUUUGGAACUAUCGAUAUUGGUGCAGGGCUAUCGAUUCUGUCGAAAAUUAAAAAAAUAUCGAUAGUAUCGAUAUUCCUAUCGAUAGUUUGUUAUCCCUACAGCUGAUACGUCAAACAAUCAUAUGACACCAACCAAACGAAACCGAAAGCAAAAUAACCAAAUACCACAAAUAAAAUAUACUAAAUAUAUAUAAAAUAAGAGCAAUUUCACUUGGAAAGACCAGGAAAGAAGUUAAAUAAUUAUGGAUCUUGAAAUUAUUAUGAAUUCUUGCUUUCUAUUCUGCAGUGCCCUACCUGAUGCUCAUCUCAGAAAGUGAACUCCAAAAAGACUCGUCAAUCAAAAUAAUUUGGGCCACGUACUUCGUCACAUUUCUUCUCGAAUUUAAUAACGUUUCUUUUUUUUUCUGCUUGCGACUUGUAAGCAAAAAUCCAGCUGGAGUACGUUUAAGUUAUUCCAUUGUACAAAUUAAGACUAAUUUAAGUAAUCUGUCUGUAAUAGAAGGCACUUUAAAACAUUGUCGUUCAGUCGUUCUUGGUGUACCGUACUGAUAGCCUGGUAAACUGUCCAUCCCGAUUCAAGCCGUUCAAUUUAUCAAUAAUUUGACGGGGCUAGUGAUCCGAUUUUUAUUAGGUUUAUUCGAAGUCGUUGUUACUACUGAUCGGCAGUCCUCAACUCCACAACUUCGUAGCACGAUUUCGCCAAGACGGCUUGGUUUGCCAACAACAAUCAGUUAUUUGUGUGGUGCUUGCGCAUUUUCUAACCCUUAGAUAAGAGGGCUUAAAAAGACUUUACAUUUUUAUCAUUUAACUGUCUGUGAUAAAUGGAUAUUAUUCAGUCGAGCUUGUUACAAAUUAAAAUGUUAAACAUCGAAAACAGUUUCCUACAAAAUCGGCGCCAGCGAGAAACCACCGGAAUCAAAAAAUUGUACAAUUCGUUUUUUGUUAUGUUUUAAAACUUUUCCGGUGUGUUGUGAACUGAUUUUAUAUUUUUCGUCAUAAGGACUUGAUACAACCCCCUAUCGAUAUACAGGACUUUUUAAAAUACAUUUUUCGCUUGUAAUUUAUAUAGCUGAGUCCUUCUUUUAUCCAAAUUUUACAUUUCCCGAUUCCUCUUGUUUUUCUAUUAUGGAGUACAAACUGUAUGGGAGUUCCGAUGCGAUACUGGUCGAAACGUCUUCGUCAAGCUCCAAGGAGUCUUGGAAUCUGGCUAAUGGCAUCGUAAUGGAUAAUGGAGACGAGUACUUUGGAUGGGCGAAUCCUUUGAAAAUUGACAUGAGCGAGAGUGAAAAAAUGCUACCGAGAAAACGAAAAGCCUCAACUGAGUUGCAUCAAACAAAACAGCAACCAAGUAAUUUCAAGAAGGAUCCAUUGGCUUUUGAUGGUAAAGUGGAGACCACGAAGAAGGACACUCAAAACGAAAAAGGUCCAUCAAGAAUGCCUCAGUGGCAAGUAGACGAUUACGGGGAUAUGCACCAGGAAAUAGACAGUUCCUUGAAUCUCGAUACAGAAUUAUCACCAAGUCCAUAUGCGAGCGAUUCCAUAAUGGCAAUCAAUAGUAUGACGGUGUUUAAACAAGAAGCCCCUUCUCCAACUCUAAAUGAGGUGGGCCAGCUACAAGUGAACAACCCUAGCUGUCAAAGCCCUACGUCAACUCAGCAGGGCAAUAUAGUACACCCUGCAAGCACUACUAUGGAGGACAAUAGUCAAAAUAUGUUCAACAAUACCAUUAACCAGUUGCUCAGUCAGAGCGCUUUGGUUAGCUUACACAGCGUGAUUGAUAACAACAAUUUAUCCACUUCGCCCCAUUCCCAAGAUCAUUUUGCUGUUUCAUCGACCAACUACAAUCUGAUCGAGGAUUGUCGCUUCCAGUACGUUUUGGCGGCGGCCACUAGCAUUGCAACCAAACAAAACGAAGACACUUUGACUUAUUUGAACCAGGGACAAAGCUACGAGAUAAAGUUGAAAAAGCUGGGCGAUUUGUCCAUGUACAGAGGCAAAUUAUUGAAGUCAGUUGUUCGCAUUUGUUUUCACGAAAGACGUCUUCAGUACAUGGAAAAAGAACAAAUGGAGGCCUGGCAAAAAGCCAGACCCGGUGAUCGUAUUUUAGAAGUAGACAUACCCUUGUCUUAUGGAGCUUUCGAUAUUACUCAACCCAGUAACGCUUUAAAUGUUACCAGUUUCGUUUGGGAUCCUACAAAGGAAGUUGGUAUUUACAUAAAGGUCAACUGUAUCAGCACAGAGUUCACUCCCAAGAAGCAUGGUGGUGAAAAAGGUGUUCCAUUUAGAAUCCAGGUGGAAACUUAUCAAAAUGGAGAUGCUUUGACUUCCUCUAAACGUUUACAUGCGGCAGCCUGUCAGAUUAAAGUUUUUAAACUAAAAGGUGCCGAUAGGAAACAUAAGCAGGACAGGGAAAAGAUAAUGAAAAGACCGAUGGUGGAGCAAGAUAAAUAUCAGCCCAGUUACGAGUGCACUGUAUUGAAUGAUAUUGCAAAUGAUGCUGUACUACAAACGCCAUCUUUGGUGCACUAUGCUGUGUCAGAAAGUAGUCCAGAAUUCCAAAAACAAGGACAUGUUUCCCCAAACCACGAACACUCGUCCAAUCAACAAAAUUUCAUUCCGCAAAAGGAUGUAGUCAACAGCAAUCCACAAAGUCCCGAAAAAAAGGAAGAAUCUCUAAAUAGCGAUAAUGUAGUCUGCGAUUCGUUCAACAAUAACCAGCUGAAUCAAUUCUCCAGCCCAGAUGAAACAGUGCACUGGCUAACUCUCAACCGAUUCGAAAAUUACAUGGACAUGUUUUCUAGAUUCUCUGGUUCGGACAUGUUGCGCAUGUCUCGCGACGAUUUGAUCCAAAUCUGUGGACAUGCCGACGGAAUUCGUCUGCAUAACGCUUUACAUUUAAAGACGAUUGCGCCAAAACUCAGACUCUACGUAUGUCGUGAAAACAUGUCAGUUUUCAACGCAGUUUUUCUGACUUCGCACAGCCACAUAGAGCUGCUACAGAAACUUUGCUCCAUGGCCUCCAUCAACGUCGAUCAAGUUAAGAAUAUUUACAUUGAAGGACCACAUUCCAUCCACAUUCAGUUGAGUGACGAUAUGUUGAGUCACGUGGAAGAAGAAACUAUGUUUUCGUUGAAUGUUGUGCAAGAAAAUGGUAGUUACGUGUUGUUACUCAAAAGAAAAUCUAAACAGUAAUUAACUAUUUACUAUAAUGGAUUAGAAAGUAAUAAUAGCUUUGGUCACGGAAAACAUUCAGAGCGAUUGGGAAUGAGUAAGGACCUUAUUUUGGAUUGUCAGUAAUGAACAGGUUCAGGAUUUUUUUUUUAUGCUCUAUUGUAAAACACACUUUUACGUACGUGGUCUGGUUUCAGUUUCUAUUGGUAAUUUACGAAUAGCUUUCAUUUUUAUUUAUUAUUUCACUUUGAAGCGGGGGCGUUCAUAUUUGGAUCAAUAACGUUCAAUAUUUUAUUUCAUACUGAUUUGUUGAAAUUUUUUUAACAGUUCUAACAGCCAAAUAAAUUUUGUUAUUUUUUGUCAUGUGACACAAAUCACCCAAUCAUUUCAAUAUUAUGCUGAAAACAGGGUUGUUCUCACUCUAUGACAUUGUUUCGGACACUACUGUCAAAAAUCGAAUAACCAGAGGAACAUUGAUAAAUGCUCAAAAAUGUUAUAACUAGGCGUUGGUCUGUUUCCAAGAAACACGCUUUCGAAAAUAUAGAAUACAAAAUAUCAAUGUCCUUGGGUUAAUACUACUGAAAGCUAUGUUUCGAAAUAAUGUAUUUUAUUUACGACUAAUGUAUAUUGUGCGUAUUAUAUUUGUGAUUUUAGCAGUAUAAUGACAUAUGUUAUUCCUACAGGGAUUAAUGACGAGUAGCGGGAUUAAUGGUCAUUAUUCCACAAAAGUGUCAGUGUCAAACGUGUAGUGCUUGUGGAUUUGUAUUGAAAAUUAUGAGACGGAUGAAAUUUGUUCAUUGAUAAUCUCAAAUAAAUUAAUUUGUCGUAAAUAAAGUAGAGUAUACUACUCGCAAUAAUGGCUAUCAUUCCCUCGGAAUGUUACUCCCUCGCCGCUAACGCGGCUCAGUUCGUAAUAAUCCUCGGGAAUAAUAGCUAUCAUUAUUGACUCGUGGUAUGGUAUAAUCUACUAUUAAUUUGCAUCGUACCUACACCUGUAAAGUAGCAAGUACCUUUUUGCUAUUGGUCUGAAAAUUUUGUCGGACUAGCCUGCUAAAAUUUUAUCUUAGCGAACUCAGUACUAUAAAAAUUAAUUUUCCGGACUAAAACUAAGUAGGUAUGUGAAGGUGUGUUUUAUCAUCCAGAAUGAAAUAAAUAUUUAUCACAUCAAUUCAUGAACAGAGCACCAGAAUUCUGAAUCGGCUGUAGCAAAAAAUUUGUUUCACUCCUGAACAGCUGAAACUAGGGGUAUUCUUUCGGUCUAAUCGAACUGAACAAACUAAUCUGAUUUAAAUGAAAGUGAUUUUUAUUUUUACGUCACUUCGCUAAUGUCCAUCGCAUCGAAAGAACAAUUAUUUAUAUUAGCUGAUUUUGACUCACAAAUGAUCUGAAAGAAGUGAACGUAAAAAUUCUGCGAUAACUUGAGGCUAGGAAUAAACUGAUUGCAAUUAUUUGUGGGGAAAGUGAUCCGAAAUCAAAAGAACAUGGUUCAAUUAGUUCAGGUGACUUCAAUCCAGUGUUGUCGAACGUCAAAAUACUAAAUCGGGAGAAACUGGCGUUUAAAAUCGGUAGAUUACUGCGCAAAAUCGGUAGGCAUCAUAACAUAAAGACAAAAAAUACAACGUUGCCGUGUUUUGAAUGAUUUAAUAAAAAUAUUACAUUAUAAAUCGGAAAAUCAAAUAUAUUUUAUUUAAGAAAAUACAAACCUCAAUACAAACAUAAUAGACAUUGAGUUGAGCUAAUUCAUUCAUGCGCGUCACUAAUUAGAUGACGAGUCAUUUGGCCACUUUGUCGAUUAUUUGAGUUGAGAUUAGUGUUUGAUAAAGUUAUUCAGGCACACACACAAACAGAUAUUUUUUCCUUCUGUAAUCUGUGAGCAAAAAUUUAACGAACGACUGCCGAUAGUUCCCAUUCCAAGCAAUUAAUGUAGGUACGUCAAAAUCAAACCAAAACCAAAAGUGUCGAAAAAUCUCCAACCAAAAAAACCGACAAAAAUUCUCGGUGGAUUCGGUGCCUCACCGGUUUCAAACAGCUCAUCAUUCCGGUAAAUUUUGGAACGGACGAUCAGGUUCAACCAGUUAAGAGUCGGUACAUUUUUUAACCGUUUGGUGAAGUAAACUUAUAAACCGAUAGGUAUCGCACCGGAUCAGAAACCGGUGAAUUUUGGAAAGUGCCCGGCCUGCACUGACCAACCAUAGCCAAUUUUAAGCGAAUAACCACAAUUUUGUGGUUUUAACCGUGGUUACGCUUUGGUUCAAGAUGACAGAUCACUUGAUGACGUCAUUCCAUUGUAUUCGCUUAAACGCGUUUGGUAUUAACCGCGGUUACCCCUGUUGUGUUAUUGCUAUUUGUUUAUAUUUUGAAUUUUGAUUUCAUGCUGGCCGGAAAAUGGAAAAGAGGAGAGAACUUGCCUUUUUAUUUGGAGAUGUGUUUUUUUUGAAGACAGUGCGGAAAUAAUUGAUUUGUUAGGAAAUCUACCAAUUUGUUGCAUUUUUUUUAAAAAAAGGAAAGACAUGAGACCGAAUAUCAAUUGAAACAGAUAAUACUUGCUAUUAAGAGUAAAUUGGCUGUUUCUAAAAGCCGGUAUUUCAAAUGUAACCUUAAAAUCAAGAUUUACCAAAGGUAUCCUUAACGUUAAGGUGAACUUGAAAUCAGUUCAUUCAGGUAACUUAAGAUAAGCUUAAGAUCCACCUUGAAUUAGGGGAACUUUUAUACUUUGAUAUACGGUGAAACUUGUAUUAAAGAUGACUUAACGUUAUUUUAAGGUGACAUUGAAAUACCGACCCAGUCUCCAGUCUCCGACCUGUAUUUGGUAAUCCGCCCCUUCAUGACUUUUGCUUAGGGAAGUAUCCAUAAUUUCUGGCCCUUUUUUUACUUCAUAAUACCAAACAAACUGCUAAAAAAAAUAAACAACUUGCUAAAAACCCGCCAAAAAUGCAAUGUCAACAAUUCAAAUAAUAACCUCAAAAUAAAAACCACUCCCGAGCUGGGUUAAAACCGCAAUUUUGCGGUGAUAAGUAUGACAUUUUAGAGCUGAUCCAUGACGUCACGGAGUCAUAACCAAAAGAAAAACCAAAGUCGCAUAAAUGUUGUGGUAAAUACCAAUCCGAAAUGGUAAAAACCAAUCUCGUUUGGUUAUUCGCUUAAAAUUGGCUCCAUUGCUAGCUGAAAUUUGUCGUCGGCGCCGGAAGAUCUAUUUGACAUAUGACAGUUCGGAAAUGGACAAAAAUUUCGAAAGUAGAUCUGGUGCGGCUAUGGAUAGAAAAAUCGACGAAAACGAAAACGAUAAAAUCGAUUUUUUGGUGGAAAAUGGUAAAAAAAUCGGUAGAAUAGUGAUUAUUGUCGAAAAUAGGUAAAAAUUCGCCAAUAUUUCGGUAGGUCCAUUAUCAUUUCGGUAGAAAUACCGAAAUUUCGGUGGCUUCGACAACACUGCUUCAAUCAGUUUGUUCGGAACGAAAGAAUACUAGUACUAUACUAGCUCAACUCGAAUCGAAUCUGCUAUGCGAACGCGGAACCUAGAGAUUUGGAAUUAAGUUUGGUGAUCUGCGAACAUUAUUAUAUGAACUGGGCAUGUGAAUAGUACCGAUUCCGCUCAGAGUACUUACCGUGAACAAAGCUAAUAACUCGAAUUUAAAUUAAAUUCUAUCUAAAAGAAACAUGUUCUAUUGAAUAUAAGCUUAGGAUAUAACCAUUACACUCUAGCAGCUAGGGACCAAGACCUAAGAUGUUUUUUUUUUUUAAAUCUCAUUUUUGAAUGUAAUCGUUUUAUACGCCUAUAGAAUAAAAUGUUGAUCCUACGCAUGCGGAAAGUAUCUUCCCCGUACUUGACUGCUUGUCUCCGCUUCACCUCAUUUGGUUGGGCACUGGUAGUCACUUGCGGAAAAGUAUAACUUUCCGCAUCUGAUAUAAGAAAAACUUUUUUAGAUAAAUAAAUCCUGACAUUUCAGGAAGUUAGAUAAUGUAUUGUAGAGGUCUCAUGAAAAAACUGACAUUGACAAUCUAUAUAAAUAAGAAAGGAAUAUAUUUUAGAUACAAGGGACAAUGAGUAAAAGCAUUUUUAAUAUUUUAAGUCUCAUUAGAAAAUGGAGAUUUGUUUUACAAAGUGGAGACAUUGAUGUCUCGAUGGCUAUAUUAAAAAAGGAAUUGUUUUGAACAAAAACAUUUUAGGAAAAAUAAUAAUAUACAUACCUACAUUUCAAAAUGUUUUUCCUCCAUAUUCCUGUAAGUUAUGUAGAUAUGAUAUACCCAAUUUCUAGCAGAGUAAGUAUAACAAAAAAGCCAAGUAGCGGAAAGGACCCUGCCCAAAGCAUAUGGAGAAUGUGUUUAUGUCAGAAUUGGCUGAAUUUUGUAUAUAAUGUAAAUUAUGCCUUCCUGAUUAAAAGUUACCAUUGCACCAAUCCUGAAAUAUGAUUCCUUUUUGAGAAAAUAGUUUCUUAGGUAGCAAGUAAAACGCUUGGACAUUGUAAUGAGCGUACAUACAAAUAAGUGGAUUAUUGCGGAACUUAUGGGUGAACCGCAGCCAUCUACUCACCAAUAUACUGUUGAACUGUUCAAAUAAGACACUCAUCUGAAACGUGUAGUUUUUGAACUAAUGAGAAAAAUCCACAACUGAGUGAAUCAGGUUAGUAUUGUACUUGAACAACAUAUUGGUGAAUAGAUGACUGAGUCCACCCAUAAGUUCCGCAACAAUCCACUCGUUUGCACUUGAAUAACUUGUUACAAUAUAUUACUAGUUUGGUAAAGUAACAUUACUAAUUCCUGUUAAAAGGCAAAUUGACAAAAUGUGGAUAAUCUUACAAAUUCUGACUUUAUAUAAUAGGUUAUUGUUCAAGUAGGUACAUACAAUGUAACACAAAUAGGUAAGCUUGUGGCGCAGUGGUGUGCUACGUAUAGUAAUUUUUCAGGAUUAGUGCAAUGGUAACUUUUAAUCAGAAAGGCGUGAUCUACAUUACAUACAAAGUUAAGCCAAUUCUGACAUAAACACAAUUUCCGUAUACUUUGGGCAGGGUCCUUUCUAGAAUAAAAAUACCUACACAUAGACAUUUUGUCCUAUUCAUCUCUCUAGUACUUUGUUUUUGUUGUUGCGACUGUGACAAUCAUAACUGGCCCGAAAUUUCUGUAUUGUGAAUUGAUAACAUUGAGCGCUUGGGCAUUACUUGGCUUUAUUUAGACCUAUUUUAUCUUAGUUGAGUAUAUAUUUUAACUUAGCUAAAACUGAACCUUAUGAUUUUUAAUAGUGCCGUUUCUAUCUUCAAAGGUUUGGCUUUUGUUGUUCAGUCAAUUCUCUAGUUACAUGACAAAAAACUGUAGCAACUGAGAUGCGAUUGCCAAACGCUACUUGAAAUGCAAUUUUUAUGUCAGUAUUAAAAUUCAUAACGGUAUCCUCAGAACCGUACAUCUUAAGUAUAUUUUAGCUCAUAAAUCAAAGCAUUCCUACUCAUUAUAGGAUUAUUUAAAAAAAAAAUGGUGCCGCAUUAAGUAUGGGUUGUAUCGAAUGUUUCGGCACUAUUUUUUUAUUGUUGGUUAGGUUUCAUCCCCAUUGCAUGGUCAUCGCGAAAUAUCAAUCUUCUAUGCAUACCAUAUUUUAUCCAUACGUUUUGGAAUUAUAAUUUUUAAGGUAACAGCCAUUGUUGUAUCAAUUUAUAAGACUGAAAAAAUGUCUAUGCCUUAAAUACCAAUGUGUCUUCUCGACUAAUACAUUUCCAAGCAAACAUUUUCCAUCGGUAAAAAUUUACAAACAAAACCAUCAUCGUUCAAGCAUCGAAUAAGGCUAGAUAUAGCAGCUAUUUUUACAUUUUUGCAUUGGUAUAACUAAUCUUGCGUACAUAAUACAAAAAUAACAAUUUUUCAAUUUUCUUGGCAUCUAGAGGUGUUAUUUCCAUUUAUAAUAACAAACACUCCACAGUGCCCGGGUCAUUUCUAUAUUUUAGGCUCUACUUGCAUAUUUAUGCUACAUGUAUGUUGAAAUAUGAAACAGUAAUAAGCGGUUAUGCUGAGAAUUUCUUACAUCUGUCAAAGCUGUCAUUCCAACAAUAAGCUGACAUGAUUUUGAUUGUUGAUUUGAACCAAUCAGAUUAGAAUUACGUAAUAAUUUGCACUAGUGCAAAUUAUGGGAUAAUUGCAUAGUAACUGGUGCGAGAACUGGUGUUUUGAAAUUUUUUGACAAAAAAUUCAAAUUUUUGAUUUAUGAAAUUCUCGCAUAAAAUAUAACUCGUACAAUGGAAAUAUAUCUAUUAUUUUCGACAAAUUUGCACUCAUGCGUUUUUAACUGAAAAAAGCACUCGUGCACUACGACCUACGUGCACUCGUGCUCUUAUCCAACUAAAAAUGCAUUCGGGCAAAUUUCCCAAAAAUUAUCGAUAAUUUCCAUUGCAGUUAUAUAAUACUAUUGAUAAUAUUAAUAAUCAUAAUAUCAGACAAUAUUUUCAUAAUAGUUAUUUACAUUACAAGUGCGUUUAUGAACAUGAUUACAAUAACGAAUGUGAAAGAUUCGUUCUUAUCACACGAGUUUUGUAGUCAUGUUUAAACGCACGUGUGAUGUAUAACGUUUUAUCUACAAAGCGAAAUAUAAUAAUGUUUUUUCAAUUAUUUUCGUUCAUUAGUAGUUGUGUACCUUCAUUUAACCUUUACAGGCUUAACUUCGACAUUUUGUCAAACACCAAAAAUAGUUGUGUUAUAGAUUCAUUACCUAGUCCAUAAUACCACUACUGUUAUGAGUCUCAUGACAUAUCUCAAACAUUAGAAAAAAAUGGUUAUGUAAAAACGUCAAAACCAAACGCUUGUAGAUAAAAGUACUUAUUUACAACCACAUACGUAAUGUUGACAUUUCUGACUUUUCAAAUGUUUGAAAGUGACAAUUUUUUGAAUUUUACUUUCUUCCCAGGUAGAAAGUGCUCACUUUCCACCCCGGUGGAAACUAAGCCCUCAUUUCGUAAAAUGUUUGAGACAAGUCCUGCAUGUCGAACGUUUUUUAAGUAAGUCAAAAUUUGUCAUCAAAAUUUUUUGAUUUUUAUUUAGUGUUUAGUCAAAAUUGUGAUGGUUGUAAUUGUUGUAAAUAAAAUAGUAUACAAACCUCGGUAGGAAGUUUCAUUACUGUCAAGAGAUUAGUUAUAUAUAUAAUAUAUAAUCUAUAGUCUAUAAUCUAUAAUCUAUAACACUUCCCACCUCGGUAUGUAAUAUACUAUUUUAGCAUCAGAAAAUAUUGCUUACUUUUAAACGAAAUGGCAUUUUGUGUGCAAUAUUAUUUUUGUGAGUACAUAUCUAUCAAAUUAAGGUGUGCUAAUUUUUCCCAAUAGAUUUUUUUUUUCAAUUAUUACGGCUUCUACAAUUUACAUGAUUUUUUAGUAGGUAGUAUUUGUAUUUUUUGUUUUAAUUUUUAAUUAUUGAUAUCCAGUGUUUUAUAUGCUACUGAACAAUUAUACAAUUUUAUUAAAUGUAUACAUAUGUACCUACCAUUAUUUUCUUGUCAUUUAUAGUAAACUAGAAAAAAUCAUAAUGAAUUCAA